AUGAAUUUAAAAGUAGUUGUCGAUCCAGACGCCUUGAAUAUGAAAUUCUUCGAUAGGGAGAUGUUCUACAGUCUUCUGGUUUUGUUUCUGAUCACAUGGAGGACAGAAGCCGAGACAUGCCAAUCACUGUCCGACUGUGCACAGUCCGCCAAAUGCUGUAAAAAUAGCUACGGAGAUGUACUUCCACCAAGAGAAGGAUCGCAAGAACCACUCGAGAUCACAGGCCAAUGCUCUUACCGCCUAGGUCGGGAAUAUGAACAGUGUUACCCAAAGUACUGCGAAUGUUCACCAGGUCUUGAGUGCUACAGGCCGAUCUCGGGUGUCUGUUGUAUACCAUAUCAAUGUUAUAACGCCACCUGGGUAAGAGAAGACAGGGAAUAUUGGGACACUUGUUUCAGAGAUCCACAUUGUCCUCUUCCUCCAUAAUUUGUUCCCAUGUACAUUAACAUGCUGUCAAAUCAUUUUUGAAUGCACAAAAUACAUUUUAA